GGAGGGCCCGAAAGCCUGCCUCCGAGGGCCAGGCCACUAGGAGCAGCCCGCGUCCCGCAGGCCCCCGCCCUCUUCACGUCACGGCCUCUAGGUGCAGGGCCCCCUAGGGGCUCCCGCUCCGGCUGAGGAGGAAGGUGCCGGUCCUUCCUGCCACACCGGCCCGUUACCCGCCAGCCGGUUCCCUGGCCCGGCGCCCGCCCCGCCACCCUCCGGGGGAGCCUGCCGCCGCCGCCUCUCUGCGCUCCGCAGCCACAUCCCCGCCCGGACGGAGGGCCCGCCGCCCCUCGCUCUCGCCGCCUCGCGGCGCCCGCCUGCGCCCCGGCGCCAUGAGCGCGCGCCUGCCGCUCUUCCUGCGCGGGCUCCGCCGUCCGCAGCAGCCCCCGGGCCCGCCGCUCCGCCUCCGAGCGCCCUGCCGCGCCAGCAGCGGCGGCGGCGGCGGCUGUGGCGGCGGGGAGGGCCUGCUCGGGCAGCGGCGGCUGCGGGACGCCCAAGUCGGAAGCAGCCGCGGCCAGGGCAGCCAGGCGCCCCCGGCGCGGGACUCGAUCGUCAGAGAAGUCAUUCAGAAUUCAAAAGAGGUUCUGAAUUUAUUGCAAGAAAAAAACCCUACCUUUAAGCCGGUGCUUGCUAUUAUUCAGGCAGGUGAUGAUAACUUGAUGCAGGAAAUAAACCAGAAUUUGGCAGAGGAGGCUGGUCUGAACAUCACUCACAUUUGCCUUCCUCCGGAUAGCAGUGAAGCCGAGAUUAUAGAUGAAAUCUUGAAGAUUAACGAAGACACCAGAGUACAUGGCCUUGCCCUUCAGAUCUCCGAGAACUCGUUUAGCAACAAAGUCCUCAAUGCCUUGAAACCAGAAAAAGAUGUGGAUGGAGUAACAGACAUAAACCUGGGGAGGCUGGUCCGUGGAGAUGCCCAUGAAUGUUACAUCUCACCUGUGGCCAGAGCUGUGAUUGAACUUCUUGAAAAGUCAGGUGUCAACUUAGAUGGAAAGAAGAUCUUGGUAAUAGGAGCCCAUGGGUCUUUGGAAGCUGCCGUGCAAUGCCUAUUCCAGAGGAGAGGGUCCAUGACAAUGAGCUCCCAGUGGAAAACACCUCAACUUCAAAGCAAGCUUCUUGAGGCCGAUAUUGUGGUCUUGGGCUCUCCCAAGCCAGAAGAGAUUCCCCUUUCUUGGAUACAACCAGGAACUACAGUUCUCAACUGUUCCAAUGACUUCCUAUCAGGGAAGCUUGGACAUGGUUCUCUUGGGGUACAUCUUCAUGGUCUCAUUGCAGAGAAUGAUGUCAGUCUCCUUGCUGCAGCUCUGCGGAUUCAGAACAUGGUCAGCAGUGGAAGGAGAUGGCUACGCGAACAGCAGCAUGCAAGGUGGAGACUUCACUGCUUGAAACUCCAGCCUCUCUCCCCUGUGCCAAGUGAUCUUGAGAUUUCAAAAGCACAGACUCCAAAAGCCGUGGAUGUCCUUGCCAAGGAGAUAGGAUUGCUUGCAGAUGAAAUUGAAAUCUAUGGCAAAAGCAAAGCCAAAGUACGUUUGUCCCUGCUGGAAAGGUUAAAGGAUCAAGCAGAUGGCAAAUACGUUUUAGUAGCUGGGAUCACACCCACCCCUCUUGGGGAAGGGAAAAGCACAGUGACAGUUGGGCUCGUACAAGCAAUGACUGCACACCUGAACAUCAACUCCUUUGCCUGUCUCAGGCAGCCUUCUCAAGGACCAACUUUUGGAGUUAAAGGAGGCGCUGCAGGUGGCGGAUACGCCCAGGUCAUCCCCAUGGAGGAGUUCAACCUUCACUUGACCGGGGACAUCCACGCCAUCACCGCUGCCAAUAACCUGCUGGCCGCCGCUGUUGACACAAGGAUUCUGCAUGAAAACACUCAAACCAAUAAGGCGCUGUAUAAUCGACUUGUUCCUUCAGUGAAUGGCGUCCGAGAGUUUUCAAGCAUUCAGCUUGCUCGGCUGAAAAAACUGGGAAUAAAUAAGACCGAUCCAAACGCACUGACGGAAGAGGAAAUGGGUAAAUUCGCCCGUCUCAACAUCGACCCCUCCACCAUCACGUGGCAGAGAGUAUUGGAUACAAAUGACCGAUUUCUACGAAAAAUAACGAUUGGGCAGGCACCCACAGAGAAGGGGUAUUCCCGGCAGGCACAGUUUGACAUCGCAGUGGCCAGCGAGAUCAUGGCGGUGCUGGCCUUGACUGACAGCCUGGCGGACAUGAAGGAGCGGCUGGGAAGAAUGGUGGUGGCCAGUGACAAAAAUGGGCAGCCCGUGACAGCCGAAGAUUUGGGGGUCACAGGUGCCUUGACAGUUUUGAUGAAAGAUGCAAUAAAACCAAAUCUGAUGCAGACCCUAGAAGGGACACCUGUCUUUGUGCAUGCUGGCCCCUUUGCUAACAUCGCCCACGGCAACUCUUCAGUGUUGGCUGAUAAAAUAGCCCUGAAACUGGUUGGUCAAGAAGGAUUUGUAGUAACUGAAGCUGGCUUUGGCGCUGAUAUUGGAAUGGAGAAAUUUUUCAACAUCAAGUGCCGAGCAUCUGGCUUGGUGCCCAACGCAGUCGUGCUGGUGGCCACGGUGCGUGCUCUGAAGAUGCACGGAGGCGGGCCAAGCGUAACUGCUGGUGUCCCGCUAAAGAAAGAAUAUACAGAGGAGAACAUCCAGCUGGUGGCAGACGGCUGCUGUAACCUUCAGAAGCAGAUUCAGAUUGCUCAGCUCUUUGGGGUUCCCGUUAUUGUGGCUCUGAAUGUCUUCAAGACUGACACCCGUGCUGAGAUUGACUUAGUUUGUGAGCUCGCGAAGCGGGCUGGCGCCUUUGAUGCGGUCCCCUGCUAUCACUGGUCCGUCGGUGGGAAAGGGACGGUGCAGCUGGCUCGGGCUGUGAGAGAUGCUGCCAAUAAGGGAAGCCGUUUCCGGUUCCUGUAUGAUGUUCAGCUUCCAAUUGUAGAAAAGAUAAGAACCAUUGCGCAGGCUGUGUAUGGAGCCAAAGAUAUCGAACUGUCUCCUGAGGCACAAUCCAAAAUAGAUCGUUACACGCAACAGGGUUUUGGAAAUCUGCCCAUCUGCAUGGCAAAGACCCACCUUUCUCUAUCUCACGAACCUGACAAGAAAGGUGUACCCAGAGAUUUCAUUUUGCCCAUUAGUGAUGUUCGGGCCAGCAUAGGUGCUGGGUUCAUCUACCCUUUGGUUGGAACGACUUCCCCAAACUCCAGACCUUCUCCCCAGGACUGGCGUUGGGGAGACGGUCCCCUGCGACACCUGCUCACGUCCAACCAGUCCAUCUCUCACUUGAGUGUGCCCUUGACCUUGUGCCGCCAGCUCCACCCAGCUAAGAGGUGGGGUGUCUGUGUCUUUCCCACGCCGCCUUGCCCAGCAUCUCCUGUUCAUCCAGACCCUCCUGUUCCCAGUUUUGCUCCGAAGGCAUCGGAAUGACCAAAAGAUGCAUGCUCGGCUCUGCUGCAGCCAGUAGACCAGCUCCUGGAUCGACACGAACCACACUCUCCCUUUGUCAGCCUCCGUCCUGCCUCAGCUAAAAAAGUUAAUGAUGAAGCGUUGAAUUUUCACGUCGGUAAACUAGAUAAACGAGCAGGCAGGGGAGUGGUGUUCUCUAUAGUAGAAGCUGCCACCGUGGCUUUGGUCGGACGGGCCGAGAUGCACAGCGUUCUUCCUCGGCCUUCUCACCGUGUGUGGAGGCAGGCCUGCCUGGCACCGAAGUCGGCUCUGGGGCCCAUAGCGUGGCGGCCCCCAAAGCAGCAAAGUCUGGAUGAGCACCAUGCCGGGACUGCCGACCCGGCCCUGCUUCUAUGAUAUAGAUCUUGAUACAGAAACAGAGCAAGUUAAAGGCUUAUUCUAAAUGAACCCAACUUCCACAGGACCCAAUUCAGGCUCGGGAAACAGACUACUCCUUGCCUUUUUGCUGCCGUUGGAGAAGAAAGUGAACUUGAAAUAUGCCUCUUACGCAACGUGGGAGAAAUGGAGAAAUAGGCCAAAGAUUUUUUCUUUGUUCAAGACUGAAUUCUGUGUGCAACCGAGGACAGUGUCCAGUAAAAAGGACCUCCACCGAGUUUGAAAGAAACUAAUUUAUUUUCCGUUUCUGCAGAGUUUACAUUAUUUCCCACUGCUUACACUUCAGAAAGUUUAUUUUAUGGGGAUGGAAGGAUUAAAAGAGUGUGAACUAAAAGGUAGCAUUUUCCACUCUGGAGUUUUCUAUUUUGUCUUUGGACUGCAAAUAAACAUGUAUCUAGAAAA